CUAGGAAACAAGCUGCAAAUGGCCAUCGCCACGCCUCAAUUGGCUCUCGUACAAUCAAGCCGCUAACUGUCUAGUCCAGUAUAGUAGACACACGUACGUAUUGACUCAUCAUCUCUCUGCAUUCGUCCGUCGUUGCUCGUCCGCCCAUCCGUCCGUCUCCUUCGUCUCUAUUGCGGCCUCUCCAGCCCAUGUCAAGCACCAGACCAGACACUAAUCCGCGCCUAUAAUACGAGAAUGGACACCAAUACCCGGAAUCCCUCCAACAUGCAGAGCACGACACUUGUACUAUCGUCGCUCGUACUCACACCAAUCGAAUACUUACCCGUACUCUCACCUCACCUCAACCUAUCCAUCUAUGCAAAUCAAACCAAAUCCGCCCAGCUCAGCAGCACAAAGUGGCACCAGCAAAAAAAUCAUCGCCUCAGCUCCCUCACCCGAGUCAUUCAAAACUCUUCGGCCUCGCUAUAAACAACGAAAUGAAAUUGCCCUUCUCAAGUGCCGCCGUUCGCCUUCUCCGCUCGCUGUCCGCUCGUUGUCCGCUCCCCUCGCCUCUUGUCUUGUCUUGCUCUGUCCGUCUGGCUCUCGCCAUUUGACUUCUCUCACGCUCUCGCUCUCGGCCUUGCCUAGUCUCGUCCUCUUCCAUCUCGCUCUCGCAGCUCCUGUCGAAUCCGGGCAAAGAGCAGCAAGCCAGACAUACCGCUGGCCCCAUCUCCGGACCAAUUGCGCGUGCCGGACCGUUGAUCCUUGUCUCCCCAUCCCCAACUCGGUCUCUAGCUAAUCGUAACUGACGACUACCGCACUCGAGGCUUGUCGAGUCUCGUCUCUACCGUAUUACUGUCUACUCUAGAUUUAGAUCCUCCUGCCAUCGUAUCAUCCUUCACUUCAUUCUCUCUGUAU